AUGGCUCUUACUUCAUCACUUCAUACAAUGCCAACCGGUUCCGGUUCAUCAUCAUCAAAUACAUUUCUAUUGCCUAAAACUGAUAUAACGAUAGCUGAUAAUCAAUUAAUUGAUAUUCUUUUACAUGAUCAAAGUAAUGAACAUAAAAUUCAAAUAGUUAAUCGAUGGUGUAAAAAUUCACGACGUAAUCGUUUAUCAACUAUACUUGAUGUUUCACAAAGACAUGAUGUAUUAUUAUCUCUAGUAAAUACUCUUCAACAAACAACAAAUACGGAAUAUCAAUAUAAUUGUUUAACAUUAUUAUCAGAACUUCAAACAAAUAAUCAUCAAUAUGAUCAACGUAUUUAUCUACCAGCUAUUAUUCAAUGUUUUGCAUCAACAUCUAAUGAUGUACAAUUAUUAGCAGGACAAUUAAUAAUAAAACAAAUUCGUAUAACACAAGAUAUUCCAACAUUUUUAUUUCUUUAUAUACAAGAUGGUUUAAAAUCUUCAAAUAUAAGAUUACGUGUUAAAUCUAUUCAAUUAUUAAAUGAAUUAUUAACAAAUACACAUCAAUAUGAAAAUUUAUCACCUAUAUUUGAAAUACUUCUUCAAUAUUUACAAGAUAAUACAUUUCGUUCAACAUAUAAUGAUAUUCUUGUUAAUUCAAUACAACAUAUAAAACAUAUAUUAGGUUCAGAUUUAUUAAGUAAUUAUCUUGAAAAAUAUUCAUCAACAUUAAGACGAACAUAUUAUACAUAUAUAUCACAAAAAGAAGAUGACUUACAUAUUACAAAUAUUGAUACUGAUUUAGAUGAUGAUGAUGAAACGCCACGUGCAUCAAUACAAACAUCACAAAUUAAAGAUUCAAAAGGUAAAAAUACAUAUUUUCAUACAGGAACUAACAAUGUUCAUUUAAAUGGAAAUAAUCAUGCUGAUAAUUCCCAUAAUUUAUUUUCUUUACGAAAACUUCCUGUAACAUCUCAACCAUCGAUUACAACACCUACGACAAAUGAAAAUUCAGAUUUUGAUUCAAUUGUUGAAUUAAUGCGUUCAAAAUGGUUAUCAGCUAGUGAUACAAAUCGUCUAACAUAUCUUGAUAAUUUUAAACAAGCAUGUGAUAAAUCUUUACAAUUAAUACGUUCACAAUAUUUAUCAACAAAUCAUAGUUCACAAUUUUAUCAAGUCUUACAUACAUUUUUAACAACUAUACUUGAUCUUUUAUCAUAUAUAACAUCAUCAAAUCUUGAUUUAUCAAUUAAAAUUAAACUUGUUUUAUGCACAUGUCUUGGUUGGCUUAUAAAACAUGCACAAGUUAGUUAUUGUAAAAGAAAUUAUAAAACAAUUUGUAUUAUAUUUAAAAAUAUUCUUCUUAAUGGACAAUCGAAUAAUCGACAAUUAGCAAAAUUAAGUGUAAGUCUUAUAUUAUUACUUGAAAAUUUUGUUCAACCUCAACUUAUUCUUAAUGAAUUAAUUGAUGAUAAUUUUGAGCGUUAUAAUUAUCGUAUUCAACUUGAAAUGCUUGCUAUUUUAACAGCAACACUAUUAAAAUAUCGUCAACAUCAUUAUGAUAAUUUAACAAAACUUUCAAAAUAUCUUCUACCAAUGUUAAUGUCAAGUCGUCGUGAAUUACGUCAUGGAGCUAUUGAGUGUUUUACUGUAAUCUGUAGUUAUUUUAAUACAUAUAAGCCAAUAACAUCAUCUAUACUUGAAACAAAUCAAUCGAUAAAACUUGUCUUAACAUUAGUUGAAAAUUUAUCAUAUGAAGCAUUAAAUGCAUUACGUUUUCGUUUACAACGUAAUUCACUUCCAUCAUUAACUGAUGAAGGUAAUAUAACACCAGGUUUAGUAUGUGAUUCAACAACGAUGAAUGAUCUUGAUGCAAAAUUUAUUUUACUUGUCAAUAAUACAACGUCAACACCACAACCAACAACAACGAUAGCAACACCUGUCGAACCACCAUCAUCAGCAUCAACAAAAAUGACACCGACAAAUAAUAAAUUACUUCAAUUAGCUAUGCCUUUUGCUGAAACAACGACAAAAACAAAUAUAAAUGAUGCUGUAAUGCGUAAUCAUGAAAUACCUCCAUUAAAAGCACCUGAUGUUGAUCUUGACUUACAUCGAUUUACCAGUACUAAUCGUCGUUAUGAAACGCCAAUAAAUCCAACUGUUGUCACUACACACACACCCGGUGGACCAACAUUGGAUUUUAAAAUAACUGGAAAUAAUAGUUAUCGUCCAUUAACAUUUACUGAAAAAGUAUUUACAGAUGAAUGGGCAAAGAAAUUAUCAACAAAUAAUAAUCAUCCAAGUUCACCAAUUAUAACUAGUCAACAACAGCAAGAAACUAAUUAUAAUAAUACACUUCAAUUUCGCCCAUCUAUACCACGUCGUCCAUCACUAAGUCGAUUUCCAAUAGCGCAUAGUCUCUUAGUUACAUCACAAGUUCAUAAUCAUCAAGAACAACAACAGAUUCAAUCAAAACGUCAAUUCGAUUCCGAAAUAGAUCAUGAUGAAGGUAUCGAUAGUGCAAUAGAAUCACGCUCUCUAUCGAUUAACACACCAGACGAUAAUAGUAUACCUGAGAACGAUCAUAAACAAUCAAAAAAACCUGUUCGAUCAGUACAUAGUAGUUCAACACGACGUAAAAUCGAACGAUUAUUUAGUAACGGUAGUGAUUUAGAUUCAACAUCAACACGAACUUUAACACCUGAAAAUAGCAACGAAAGUGGAGUUUAUUCACAAUUAGGACGUGAAAUUGAUAACGAUAUUAACGGAAGUACAAGAUCUACACAAUCAAUCGGUAAAGAUCAAUUAUUUUCAACUAAACCACGUUUAGCACGUUCUGGUUCAAAAUCUAAACUUGAUAGAUCCCAAUUGCCACCAACAGAUCCAUCAUCUCGACAAACACAUGAUUAUAAUUCAAAUGGUAAAAAUACAAAUCAUACAACGAAUACAAAUGUUGAAAUAAUUGGUAAAAAUUAUAUAGAUACAAAAAUGUCUUCAAAACAAUUUUCAAUUGAACAUAUAGAUGAUAAACAAUUAACUGAAAAUAAAUCUCGAACAAAAAUUACUAAAGGUAAUUAG